UUGUUGUUCACUUCACAUUCUGUAAUUAGGGCAAAGGCUACGGAAACGAUUCCCGAGCUGAAACGAAUGUACACGGUGCUGUCGUGGGUUCAACACAAAAUCAAAACUUUCUAUUUCAGAUUUAUCUAUUUAUUUCGAUUCGAUAGCAGUCUUUGGAGGACAACUCUCGUCCCGCUAAACUGAAAUAAUGGAUAAUCAGAUUUUCGAGUCCACUGCUGAGCGGACCUUUCAGUAUCAGGACAGUCUGCCACCUCUACCUGUGCCGUCUUUACAGGGCACACUGAGCAAAUACCUGGAUGCAGUAAGGCCUUUUGCAUCCAAUGAGGAGUUUGAAGCCACAACAGCUAUCGUGAAGCGCUUUGAGGAGGGCAUCGGACAACACCUUCACCAGAAACUUCUCCAAAGAGCCAAAUCUAGACGCAACUGGCUUGAGGACUGGUGGCUAGACACAGCUUAUCUGGAGCUGCGCAUUCCCUCUCAGCUCAAUGUGAAUUUUGGGGGUCCUACGGCGUACCUGGAGCACUGCUGGCCUGCACGGGAGGGCACCCAGCUGGAGAGGGCCAGUAUGAUUUUAUGGUUCACCCUCCAGUAUUGGGACCUCAUCCGCACAGAUAGGCUAGCCAUUCAUAAAGCUGGAAAUAUGCCCUUCGACAUGGAUCAGUUCCGCAUGCUCUUCUGCACCUGCAAGGUGCCUGGAAUCACGAAGGACACCAUCCUCAACUUCUUCAAAACAGAAAGUGAGGGUCCCUGCCCUUCUCAUUUGGUGGUGAUGUGCCGUGGGAGGGUCUUCACGUUUGAUGGUCUCUGUGACGGUCGUAUCCUAACUCCCCCCGAGCUGUUGAGGCAGCUCACGUACAUUAAAAACUAUUGUGAGGGUGAACCGGAAGGGGAUGGAGUGGGUGCCCUGACCACAGAGGAAAGGACCCGCUGGGCCAAAGCACGGGAAUAUCUGAUCUCCAUUGAUCCUGCGAAUAAAACCAUAUUGGAAACCAUUCAAAGUUCUCUGUUUGUACUGUCCCUGGAUGAUGCCAAAUCUUAUUCCACCCCUGAAAACUACUCAAAGCUGACCCAGCUGGCACUGACCGGUGACCCCACGAUCCGCUGGGGAGAUAAAUCUUACAAUCUCCUCUCCUUCUCUGAUGGCACAUUCGGUUCAAAUUGUGAUCAUGCUCCGUAUGACGCAAUGGUUUUGGUGUCUCAUGGCUACUACGUAGACCAAAAGCUUAGGGCCAGUGGUGGAGUGUGGAAGGGUUCACAGGUUGUGCGUGACUUCAGUGUGCCAGAAGAACUUAUAUUUACUGUGGAUGAAAGAGUGAGGAGAGACAUCAGCCUGGCUAAAGAACAGUACCAAAAAAGUUCCCAGGACCUGCAGGUUGUCUCUUAUGCUUUCACCUCCUUUGGAAAAGAAGCCAUUAAGAAGAGAAAGCUUCACCCGGACACAUUUGUCCAGCUCGCUCUGCAGUUAGCCUACUACAGACUUCAUGGAAAGCCUGGUAGUUGUUAUGAAACAGCCACCACGCGUCGUUUCUUUCACGGCCGCACGGAGACCAUGAGGCCCUGCACCGUGGAGGUCCAGCACUGGUGUAGAACUAUGCUCAACCCUGCAGCCACUGCUGAGGAGAAAAGACGAGCUCUACAUGCGGCUUUCAACAAACAUAACAAAUUGAUGGGAGAGGCACAGAAUGGAAAAGGUUUUGACAGACAUCUCCUGGGCUUGUACCUGAUUGCUAAGGAGGAAGGUCUUCCUGUACAUGAGCUCUAUACAGACCCUCUCUAUGCUAAGAGUGGAGGAGGAGGAAAUUUUGUGUUAUCUACAAGUCUCGUGGGCUACACUACUGUGCUGGGAGGAGUUGCACCCAUGGUGCAACACGGUUAUGGAUUUUUCUACCGUAUCCGUGAUGACAGAUUUGUUGCGUCCUGUACCGCUUGGAAAUCCAGUCCAGAGACAGAUGCUGAAGCCCUUUUUCAGAACAUCACAACGUCCUUCCACGAUAUCAUGCACCUCACUACCCUCUCCAACCUGUAAAGCAAAGCAUCCUGGGAAGUAUGAACUAACCGCAAUGCUUUAGAUAUGAUGUUAGGCUAAAAACAAACUCUACAUGAUCUAGAUGUUGUAGCCAUUACCUCCUUUAUGACUGGUGUGCUCAAUCUAGCUGAAACUGAAAAGGGUUGACUUUCCCCUUUGUGUUCUGUUUAGAAGAUUGACAGUUUUGGAUCAGCGUGGAUAAAAGCUAACUAGUGCUUUAAACUGUCAUGUGCCUUCAGUUAGUCAUCUUCAGAGCAUCGCUAAGAUUAGGAAAUUUCUUGAAGUAUUCACACAUUAAUAGUUUUGCCUCUUCUUAGCUGCUGAGCUUCAAACUUUUAUGAAGUCAUAGGAAACAUCUAGUGACUCCACUAAAGCAUUGAUUUUGAGAUUAGUGCUUAUGUUUGGACAGCAUCUCUUAUGAUGACAAGCUGCUUUUUAACAGAAUUUAGGGCUGUCAAACGAUUAAUCGCGAUUAAUCGCAUCCAGAAUAAAAGUUUGUGUUUCCAUAAUAUAUGUCGGUGUACUGUGCAUAUAAAUUUUGUAUCUAUGAACACAUACACAUAAAUGCAUAUAUUUAAGAAAAAUAUAACAAUUAACAAACGUUUAUUUAGAAUUUCAAUUAUUGGUAAAUAUAAAUUAAUACAUUUAAAUAUUUCCUAAAUAUAUAGACAAGUAUGUGUAUGUUUUGUGUUUAUAAAUACAAAAUUAAUAUGCACAGUACACAGAUAUAUAUUAUGUAAACACAAACCUUUAUUCUGAAUGCGAUUAAUCACCCUAACAGAACUACUGUUUAUCAAUGCACAAAUCAAUGCAACAGAGCAAAAACAAUGCAGACAUACCUAAUUCCUUUUUUAUGUUUCAAUUUUAUGAUUCUCAGUUUCUCACGAGAAAUGUGGAUUUUUACAUUUUAAAGCAUAAUGCACUAGAGGGCAGUAUUUUUGAACCAAUAGAGUAGAAAUAAAAAUGAAUGUUUUAUGUUGUAGUUAUGUGUCCAUGUGCAAAAUUAUAUACUGAUCAUCAUCUUUUUUGUAGAUUACCAAACCAAAUAAAGUAAAUUAGUUAGCACUAUUUUAAUGUACUAAUACUGGGGGAAAUUGAUUGUGUUGUUCUGUACGUGGUGAUUGGUUCAGAUAUGCCAUGACAGACUGUUCAGCUCUACUGUCUGUGCUUUUCUCAUUGCGUCCCAUUUCAAACUUAUUGUGCAGAAUCAAAUCAUUGUGAAUGUUAAGUUUUGUCAUUAUAAUGUGAAUUGUCCUCAAAAUGUAUUAUGCUGUGCUCUGUUCUUUGCAUAUUAAUGAUCUAAAUCCUCCAAAAGAUACUGUAUAGGAAGAACAGGAAACACUUGGACUGCUUUGAUUGAAAGAAUUACUCAUGUGUUUGUGUAGUUAUGUAAGUGGCAUCAAGUCAUAAUGAGAUCAAAUUAUUUUGUUAUAUUAGUUAUUGAUUUUUGCAUGCCCACUGUAAAAUGGGCACAUAUAUAUUUGUGAUAGGGAUUUUUUGUUGUAGCAUACAACACGAUUACGCCACAAAUGCCGUUUAAAGUGUUUUUUUUUUUAAACAUGACAACUUUUGCAUUACAGUAUAUCACGCUGUAUUUUCCACAUUCUCCUCCAAUGACACCACAAUGUUUGUUGAAGGCUUAUUGACCCCAGAUGUGAAUUUUGUUUUACAUUCACAAAUGCAGCAAAUGUUGAUAAAUGCUUCCGUUAUGCGGUUAAAGCAGCUGUCAAUGUAGCUUUGGUUUGUAAACAUAUAUAUUUAAAAAAACAAUAAUUUUGACCAAA